UGUCAGAAACAAUUCUUUAUCGUCAUCCAAACUUAAUGUCAUUGUUUCAGAAGGAGAAAACAAAAAAGUGACCUAUUUCAGGCACUUCUAAGAAACGGAGGUAAAAAUUAUGAGUUAGCUAUAAAUUUGCUUAUUUUUAUCUCUUGGGCAAGACUUUGAUCAUAAGGUCUUUUACAAUUCACUCAAUUUCAUUAUUUUUUAACUUGUUUGUAGUAGAGUUGCCAACAACUGGAAAAAAGAUGUACGUGGAUCCGAGCAACUACGACAAACCGGAAGAUGCGAUCGUUGAGUUUACAGCAGAGAUUGAUGCAUCACUUUUGUAUUUGGAGAUGCUAAUUGGUAAAGGAGAGUUCGGUGAAGUAUACAAGGGGUCCAUGACUGGUGCUCUUGGAAAAAAGCAUCCAGUGGCAGUCAAGACACUGAAGAAAGAUACGACGCCAAAAAGCGAGAGGGAUUUUCUUUUAGAGGCUUCAGUGAUGGGACAAUUUGAUUGCCCAAACGUCCUUAAAUUGAAGGGCGUCGUGACAAAAUAUAGACCUUGGAUGAUAGUGAUGGAGUUCAUGUCUAACGGCUCUUUGGACAACUUUUUAAAGGCCAACGAUGGUAGAUUAUCGCAUCUUGAAUUGAUUAGUAUGGCCAAAGGAGUGGGAGUUGGAAUGAAGUAUCUAGCUGAAAUGAAUUUCGUUCAUAGGGAUCUAGCUGCACGUAAUGUACUGAUUGAUGGAAAUCUGGUCUGUAAAGUCUCUGAUUUUGGUUUGUCACGUGAGCUCGAGGAAAAAGAAUCAUCACGUGGAGAAUAUGCCACGACCGGGGGAAAAAUACCCAUACGAUGGACAGCCCCGGAGGCAACAAAGUAUCGUAAAUUUUCCUCUGCCAGCGAUGUGUGGAGUUUUGGUAUUUUUUUAUGGGAGAUCAUGUCGUUUGCUGAGAGGCCAUAUUGGGAUUGGGAUAAUUUCAAGGUUAUGGAAGAGAUAGACAAUGGUUUUAGACUUCCCGCUCCUCUGAAUUGUCCAAAGGGUGUUCAUGACUUGAUGAUGAAAUGUUGGAAGACAGAGCGAGUAGAGCGACCUAGCUUCACUGAAAUAAACAAAAUUUUGGAUGGAUGGAUUGAAAAACCAACAAUGGAAGGUGAUAUUGACCUGUCGUAUGCGCUGCGCAGUUGGCUGGAAUCCAUAAAAAUGGCUGAAUACACUGAGUAUUUUGUAGCAGCAGGUUACCAAAGACCUCGUGAGUUGCAUUCAAUCAAGGAGGGCGAUCUUAAGGAGUGGGGUAUAACCUUAGUUGGACAUCGCAAUAAGAUAAUGAAAGGCAUCAAGAAUUUGCAGGCAAAGAAAAACGGAUGAAAGCCACCAUUCAAAAAGCAGAUAUCUUUAGAAGUAUAAAACUGUAGUUAAUGAUUGCAUAUAGAUCGCUUCAUGCAUGGUGUUGUUGUUGCUACCCAAUGGCAUUUCUAAAUUAAACGUGUAUACAUGCAAAAACGUACGUUCGUCAAAGACAUCCAUUAUUCAUCGCAUUACAAGUAGACUAGCCGUAGCCGAUACGCAAGUUGUACGAGAUUUAGCAUUAGAUAUAAGAUAGCACAUACGUUAGCAUUUUUAUUUCAUAGUCUAAUUUCGUUUUAAUGACGUCAAUAAAAAGUUGUAUAAAAUUAUUCAGAAAUAAAAUAUAGCUACAAA